AUGGUCAGAGCUACCAUGGCUCCUUGGCCCGAGGCGGUAACGGCCCAGCCCAACCCAGAUGAAUACAUGGGAGGCAUCACCGGCCAGCAGCCCCCCACAGAUGGAAAAGGAAAAGAGCCCAACAAAGGUGUCGCAGGGACCACUGAAACCAAGACUGAGCUUCAGCCAUACCACCCCACCGCCACCCAGAGUGAGGAGCCCACCCACGUUGAAGACCCCCCGAGCUUCAGCCCGAGGGGACCAAGUGGUCGGAGAGACGCCAAAGGGGAGAUUCUGUCCGUCCUGAAAAGGGUCGGGAGGCUCCUUCUGCUCCUGGGCCUCCUCUACCUGUUCGUGUGCUCCUUGGAUGUCCUCAGCAGCGCCUUCCAGCUGGUGGGCGGGAAAAUGGCCGGGACGUUCUUCAGCAACAACUCCAUCCUGUCCAACCCCCUGGCGGUCCUGCGAUCGGGGUGCUGGUGA